AUCUUUCACACGCAUUACUGCUGUGUACAAGAGUGGCCAAGUCUGCGCCAUUAAAGUAAAAUCUCGCUACGCAGGCUCCGGCGGGCAAACGCACUCCUGUAACCUACCUACCGCUCUUUUCCCCUCCAGGGCACCUGCGUUGGGAAAUAUGUGAACCACCAUCACAGGCCUUCGACUGACACACCAUUGGCUCACAGGAGCGUUUUUACCUGCGUGUGGGAGUGCCCACCGUCAAGUUUCCCUUCCUCUGCUCUGCUCCGCUCCUCAGGACGGUCCGGUGAAAGAAUCCAAGUGGGAAUUGAAUCAGCAUUCCCAGGGCGCGAAGACUCCCAGUCAUGGAGCCGAUAACUUCGUGGAGCCCCAAGAGAGUGAGCGAGUGGCUGAAAGGUCUGGAGGCCCCGCUACAGAGGUACCCCUUCUCGGAGUGGCGCGUGUCGGGUAUGGACCUCCUGCAGAUGACCUCUACAGAACUGGAGCUGCUGGGAGUCCACAAGAUAGGACACCAGGAGCUCAUACUGGAGGCAGUGGAGAAACUCUGUGCACUGAUGUACGGUCUGGGUGGGGAGAGCCUGCGCGGUCUAACGGAGAAGCUGAGGGGCGUGGCUCACCACCUCCAGAAGAGCAUCCAGGGCCGUUGGAGCCUGCGCUCCCUCGACCACAGCGCCACCAAGCUGCCCUCCAAUGAACUGCAGGAGGUGCUGGACCUCAUCACCUCCGCCAAGGGCCUCUUCUCAUUACUCAACAGGUACCAGUUCUCCCAGCUGAGUGGAUUCACCGCCAGCAAGAAUAUCAUCACGCUCUGCAGGGACCUGGGCACCAUAGUGCACAAGGACAUCGGUACCUAUGAAAAGGAGAAGGAUAUCAUAUCCAUUUGUCGGCAGCUGGAGGCAGUGUGUGAUGACAUCCUGAGUGGCAGUCCUGACGCCCUGCUCUCACACACCACACGCCUGGAGAGUGUAGACCUGGUGCCUACUGCCCCUGGAGAUCAGCUGGGAAUAGAGAUCAUCUCGACCGGCUGCAGCAAUCAUUACGUCACAGGAACACUCACUGAGUCUCCUGCUGAGUUCUGUGAGAAGAUCCUGGCAGGGGAUGAGGUGGUGCAGGUGAACGACCAGAUCGUGGUGGGCUGGAGCAGAAAGAACCUGGUGAAGAAGCUUCAGGAGAACCCCAAUGGAGUGACUCUGGUUCUAAAGAAGGUUCCGGUGUCCAUCAAACGCAAAGAGAAACCCCCAGAGAUAGAGGUUGAGGAGGAGGAGGAGGAGAAGAAGGAAGAGGAGGACUCAGAGGAAUCAGAGGACGACGAGAAGAGGCACUCCAUCUUUGAGAGAGUCGCCGCCUCCGUCAGGUCUCUGUCCUUCAGGUCAGCCAUCCGUGGGCCUGAGGCUCUUCAGCUGAUGGGCCAGCAGGGGCAGGAGGCCUCGGACAACCCCAGUCACACCAGUGUGGAUGACAAAGGCACCAGCAACCACAAGGGGGCAGAGAGUGAGGAUCUAGAGGUGUCUGGGCUGAGUGUGGGAGGCCUGGAGGUGGACCCUGCGCUGGAUCGGCGUUCCCCGUCCCCCUGCCCCUCUCCGCGGGCUCUGGAGGUCAGCCGAAGCAGCAUCAGCUCAUGCCCCGAGAUGGGGGGGCAGAGGGAAGAGAGAGACUCCAAGAAAAGCUCUGUAAAAGGUAAAACCACGGCGAUGAGUCGGCGGCGAGUGUCAUGUCGAGAGCUGGGUCGUCCGGACUGCGACGGCUGGCUGUGGAAGAAGAGGAAGGAGACCGGCAUGUUCAUGACCCAGAAGUGGCAGCGCUUCUGGUUCGUGCUCAAGGGGAACACGCUCUACUGGUACAACAGCCAACAGGAGGUCAAAGCUGAUGGUCUUGUCCAGGUUGGCAGCUACAGCAUUGAGAGCGCUGGUGAACACAAGAGAAAAUAUGUCUUCAAAAUGUGCCACCAGCGGUUCCAGAACUUCUUCUUUGCUGCUGACAACGUUACCGACAUGAGCAAGUGGAUCAACAGCCUGAUCUCUGCUAUUCAGAAACACAAGAAGCUCCACAAAGACCAGCCAGACAGUGAGGAAGAGUGUUACAGUGAAACAGAAUCAGAGGACGAGGACACAGGGUCACCGCGACUUCACAAGAAGAAGAAUUACACGAAAGCCCAGUCCAACACUCUUCCCCGCACGAGAGCCAGAAAAGACAGGAGCUCCGCUGGUGGCACUGGAACAGUCACAGGAACGCCAACACAGGGCCGAAAAGGUGCGUCGGAGGAUGAGAUGGGCGUUCUGUUCCAUCGGCUGAAAGAGGGCGGAGUGUCCCUGAUUGGCCAAGACCAGCCCUUCACGCACGACCACUUCCGCAAGUCCUUCAUCCGACGCAACAAGAACCCCGUCAUCAACGAGAAGGCACACCAGCUACGCGCACUGCACAGCACUCUCAAGGCUAAAGAGGCAGAGCUGCUGGUGCUGAACAGGAUCCUGGACGACUCGGAGCUGACGGCGGAGAAGUUCCGCGAGUGGAAACAUAGCAACGAGGAGCUAGUGCUGGAAAUCGAGCGAUUGGCCGCCGAGAAGGAACGCAUCCAGCAGGCAGCGAGUGAAGAGGUGGCCAAGGCGGCCACGGGCAAUCAGGAUACAGGGGAGGCGGGACAGGAAGUAGCGGAGGCAGAGCAGCAACAUGAGUGCGCUGACGCUAGCUUUAGCAGUAGCGUUAGCGAGCGGCUAAGCGACGCCUACGUGUUGCGCCUGAGCCUCGGUGAGGAGCUGGUAGACGCUGAUAUCAACGUUUCCUUGGAUACCACGACGGCGUCCAUGGAAACAACGUCGACAACAGAGACCUCAUUGGACACCGCCCAAACUGAGCUAUCAGUGGACCCGCUUAACUUGAGCUCGGCUAGCUCCGACGGCUACUUCUACAUAUGAGGAUGGCCAAAAAGUGUUCCACACAAAACUGUUAGCGUUUCCACAGCUUGCACAUGUUUGAAUGGGGGCUGUGUGGCUCGAUGGGGACGUGUGUUAUGUGUUCCUGUAAUCCACCAGUAGCACGCGGUACAUCUCUGAGCCGCCCCUGUGAUGGGGCAAUGAAAUACUACAUUACCCAGCAGCCUUUGCUUUUAGGGCUAUGUGACCCAGGCAGGACAUGUGUUCAUGUGUCUUCCUGAGACUGUUCAAGCAGUCACACACACCUCUAUCUAAAAAGACCAUAACACUUACUAUGUGUGAGUUCAUCACAUUGCUAUAUAGUGUUUGCAUGAGAACUAUGUGGAAUGGGAACUUUAAGGCGAUCACUUUUCUGCAUAUCCUACUAGGACGUCUCCUUUUUGUAAUGUCCCCAGAAGACCUUGUCCUGUGUGUGUCCCGAGUGUCACUGCAUGGAGUGCGGAAGGGCAAAAGCAGCCACAUCCACAUCGGUGGGUACAAGACCAAAGGACAGACAGGGAAACAACAGAGAACGUCCACAAUCCCAGUAAGCUCACUUACUAUCAGGUUUCUAAUAGUGACAUUUCCGGUGUGCCCUUCUUAUCAAGAAACAUCUGACGAAUCAACACUACUUUUAUGAAAAAGCUGAUUUGUCACAGGAGAGUACUGGUGCAGUUGGAAUUUCUCUGUUGAUUGUCACUGGAAUAUCUCUAGACUAUUAUGUCCCUUUUUGCUCUUCAGAGAAUCACACUUCCGCAUGUCCAAAGAUGCAUGUGGUGUCAAAAGACUUUGUCCUUGUGUGUGUGUGUGUGUGUGUGUGUGUGUGUGUGUGUGUGUGUGUGUGUGUGUGUGUGUGUGUGUGUGUGUGUGUGUGUGUGUGUGUGUCACUGGAGUGUCCCCAGGCUGCAGCGGCUGUCUUUUGAGGUUUUGAACAUUCUAUACAAGAAUCUGUUCUACAACUAUGCCCAGAUUGCAUUGUGUCUGUAGCCCACAAUUUUUUCGAACUAUCAUAGUUCAAACAUGUGUGACAGUACACUUUAAAAAGGUAAAGUCCUAAAUGCCUGUGGGUGAACUCAAUGCUUUUUAAGGGUCUGUUCAAAAAUGCUGAAAGUGUACAAUAGACAAAGAUCAAGAUCAAUGCCUACCACAUAGUUUGACCAUUGGUUCUUGGUUGCACGUCUUUCUUAACUGUAAAAUGUUUUUGUUUUUUUCGUUUGCUUCCCCAGCCCUUCUACAUAUGAUGUUGAGAAAUGUUUUAAAAGAAAAUGUUUAUUUUGUUUUAUCCCUUUCCAACCGUAAAUAUAAUAUAAAAUACAAUGUAUUGA